AUGUCCUCCACAAUCACCGAAAUAAACCGCUCCUUCGUCCUCCGCGCCAUCAAAGACGUUGCCUUUGAAGACCGGCCAAUCCCCAAGCUUCGCGACGAGUACGAAGUCCGCGUCCACGUUGCUCAAACCGGCAUCUGCGGCAGCGAUGUCCACUACUGGCAACGCGGUCGCAUCGGCGACUUCAUCCUACAAAGCCCCAUCGUCCUCGGCCACGAGAGCUCCGGCACCGUCGUCGAAACCGGCUCAAAAGUAACCAAUCUCAAAGUCGGCGACCGCGUAGCAAUCGAACCAGGCGUCCCGUGUAGACGAUGCGAUUACUGCCGCUCCGGAUCCUACAACUUAUGCAAUGAUACUAUCUUUGCCGCGACGCCGCCAUGGGAUGGUACCUUGGCCAAGUACUACACGGUUGCGAGUGACUACUGCUACAAGAUCCCCGACACCAUGGACAUGGAAGAAGCCGCCAUGGUCGAGCCCGUUGCCGUCGCCGUCCAGAUCUGCAAAGUCGCUUCCAUCCGCGCCAACCAGACCGUUGUAGUCUUCGGCGCGGGCCCCAUUGGCGUGCUUUCUCAAGCUGUGGCCAAAGCUUCAGGAGCAAAGAAGGUCAUCGCGGUAGACAUCUCGCAGUCGCGGCUAGAAUUUGCGAAGAAGUAUGCUGCGGAUGGGACGUUUUUGCCUCCGCGGGCGGAGGAGGGGGUUGAUCCGGUGGCGCACUCGGAGAAGGUGGCGAGGUUGAUUAAGGAGGAGUUUGAACUGGGGGAGGGGGCGGAUGUGGUGCUCGAAUGUACGGGCGCGGAGCCGUGUAUCCAAGCUGGCGUGAACGUUGCGAUCAAGGGAGGCACCUAUGUGCAGGCUGGUAUGGGUAAAGAGGUGAGUCUUAGCAUCCGGUUUCAACCCCCUGGAAAGCUGUGCUAA